AUGGCCACAACCACAAAUAGGUUAGGAACUCAAAGGGUCCGACUCGACCUGGACACCGCUCGGGAUCUCUAUGGCCCCAACGUUGUCGUCCCUAAGCAUUUGAUGACUUUCACUUCUGACCAUAUCUUCAAAUCCAAUAUGGCCAACCAACAAGUCUCAUCUGAGGAUGCUUCACCAAUCAACACACCUAUGCCAAACCCUCCUAAGGUUACUAGUGAUGAUUUUGCACUAGCCUUCGACAUCGAUGGCGUUCUCAUCAAGGGCGGCGAGCCCAUCCCUGAAGCCGUUGAUGCCAUGAAGUAUAUCAACGGUGAAAACCCCUACGGAGUCAGAGUUCCUUACAUUUUCUUGACCAACGGCGGCGGAAAGACAGAGAAAGAGCGAUGCCUCGAUCUCAGCAGACAACUCGACCUGGAAGUCGACCCUGGCCAGUUUAUUUGUGGCCACACGCCCAUGCGCGAAAUGACAGAGCGAUACCACACCGUUCUAGUGGUUGGUGGCGAGGGUGAGAAAUGCCGGGACGUGGCUGAAGGAUACGGAUUCAAGGAUGUUAUCACCCCCGGAGAUAUCAUCAAGACGAGACACGAUACUACGCCGUUCCGAACGUUGACGGAUGAGGAGCACGAAAACUCCCGACUACUCGAUCUAGACAAGGUCCGCAUCGAAGCAAUCUUCGUCUUUGCAGAUAGUCGCGACUGGGCCGGCGACCAGCAAAUCAUUUUGGACUGCCUCAUGACCAAAGACGGCUGGUUGAAUACACGGUCGGAGACCUUCACCGAAGGUCCACCGGUCUUCUUCUCGCACACCGAUGUGGUUUGGUCAACAUCGCAUGAACACUCACGUCUUGGAAUGGGCGCGCUGCGCGCUUCCCUCGAGGCCGUUUACACGGCUAUCACCGGCAAAGACCUGAACACUAUCGCCUUCGGUAAGCCGCAGCUCGGAACCUAUGCAUUUGCCACCCGGCUUUUGCAGAAGUGGCGAAAGGAGUCGUGCGGCAUCGACAGGUCUCCAUCUACCGUGUACUUCAUCGGCGAUACUCCGGAGUCCGACAUCCGUGGCACAAAUGAAUUCAACGAGACCACGGAAAAUGACUGGUUCUCAAUCUUGGUUAAGACUGGAGUCUACCAGGAUGGUGCUGUCUCACGCUAUCCACCCAGGAAGAUAUGCGAUAAUGUUUUUGAUGCCGUCAAAUUUGCUAUUGAGCGCGAGCACCGAAAGACUUCCAAAGGCAUAACUGUUUCCGAGCUCGACUUUGAAACCAGCGAAGAAGUUCCCAAAUAA